AUGGGAUCUUUAAGCACUCAUGUUCAGUUAACUAGUACUUCUCUAACUAUUCUUAUAAUAAAUUCAUCAUCAUUAUCAAAUGUAACAAAAAAUCAACAAUAUAUAAGUUUACCUAAGUUCGAAGGAACAGGUAUUGACUUGUAUACACUACACAUAACUAAUAAUUCAAAACAAUUAUCAACUCUAUAUAUUCAAACAAUAACAUCAAAGAAUUCUUCUUACUCAGAAGUUACAUCAAUAUCUUCGACAAGUGAUAGUCAUUCAAUGACUAUUUCAUCUUCAAUAAAUCCAAUAGCAAUUUCAAUGAAUACUACAACUACAUUAUCAACCGUACCCUCUCUUUCUAGUACAUUAUUAAUAACUAAUGCAACAGAAACAAUAAUAGAUAACAAUAUGAUGAUCAGUACGGACUGGACUACAACGACAACGACGACUACAACGUCAACUUCGACAUCAUCUACAACUACAAGUGCAACCACAACGUCAACUUCGACAUCAUCCACAACGUCAACUUCGACAUCAUCUACGACUACAAGCUCAACCACAACAUCAACUUCGACAUCAUCCACGACCACAAGCACAACCACAACGUCAACUUCGACAUCAUCUACGACUACAAGCUCAACCACAACAUCAACUUCGACAUCAUCUACUACUACAACCACAACGACAACUACGACAACUACGGAAGCAAUUGCUGCAGUUGAUUUAAAUACAAAUCGUACUGGUUUAAUUGUGGGCCUUGUUCUUGGUUUAAUUGGAUUUUUUGCAUUAGUUGGUGGUCUUAUCGCUGCGAUUGUUGUUAUCAAAGGAAGAGUUGCAAGGAAUGCUGCAGUAACAAAUAAACCGGUCAUUCGAACAAUGGCUAUAAAUCAAGCACCUCAAGAUUCUCUCUUAGAAUCUCGUUUACAAACAAGAAAUUUACGACCUGUUCGAUUGACACCACUUACUACUGAAACAUCGCAAUUGCCUCGACUAUCUUUUGGUUCGGUUGCACCUGAGACGACUACAGCACAUCCUUCAAUGACAAAACUGCAUAGAUCUGAUCUAAGUAGAUCGUCACGAGGUAUUCCUCUUCGACUUGAUGCAAUUAGGUCAGCAAACAGUAUUGUUCCACAACAUGCACCAAAUUCAUAUACUUCUAAUAAUCCUUCUAAUUUCGAUCCUAUGAAUAAUUCAUCAAAAAUUCAACGUCCUUUUCUUCACCAACAAUUUCAAGAACCAAGAGUCUGA